CAGCAUCAGCAUCAGCAUCAGCAUCAGCAUCAGCAUCAGCAUCAGCAUCAGCAAAUCAAAGCGCGAUAACGAUGGCGAUAGAACCGAGAAAAUCUUAUCACGAGCUCUGUCGCCUGUGCGCUUCCUACGACGCCGUUAGGAUGCACAUAUUCGGCCAGGAAGGCAGGAACCGUCAGCUUGUCGACAAGAUCCAGACAUGUUUGCCGUUCAAGAUAGUGGAAGAUGAUCGUUUGCCAAAAGUUCUGUGUUAUCGAUGCAUGUAUAAUUUGGAAAAUUUUUAUGACUUUAGAACUGCGUGUGUCAACGCAGCUGCUUGGUUGGAAAGAAAUAGGCCGAAGGAAGGUACGAGUAAUGACGGAGCAAAUGACAACGCACAAUCUAGUGAGAUUCACGCAGAGUUUAAAGGAAAGGAAAACAUGCCAGUACUUAUUCCAGAGGCACCCGUAGUCAAUCCAAAUGCGGCAUUAGGUACACCACCGAGAUUAAAUUCGGAUGGUGAAGCAGAUCCCGAGAUUGAAGAAAUUCUCGAUGCAAGUGAAGCUACGAUGAUUGAUGAUUACGAAGAUCGACGAUCAGAAUAUGAGAUGGCAUAUGAGAUGGACAUGGAGACGAAUCCUAGCGAUUUUUUAGAAAUGACUCCGAUGGUAACCGAGGAAAAUGAAGAGGAUUGCGGUGCGAAUAACACGAGUGCAACGACGACUCAAGAUGCUGUGAUUUUUCCACAUACAUCACAGCAACACGAAGUCUAUGUCUGUUCUCUAUGCCAUAAAGCAUUUAGUUCAAAAGGUCACUUAUCGCUACAUGCAAGGAUUCACGGAGGUGAGGGUGACGUGAUCGGCGAGAGAGUAAUUACUGACGAUCACACUUCGUAUCAACGACCGUAUCAAUGUGAUCUUUGUCAUAAAUCAUAUUCUACUGCGAAGCACCGCUGGGGACAUGUUUCUACGACACAUCGAGGACAUCCUGCGGUAACGUGUGCGUACUGUUCUCGUAUAUACUCGACACGAUAUAACCUCGACGAACAUAUAAAAUCGCGACAUGCUGGUUUACCGCCACCUCCAGAAUUAUCGGUUCCUCCUUCUUGCACGGAAACUCGUUAUCAAUGCCAAACGUGUCCGUUGGUAUAUAUGGAUCUGGCAGAUUUCAACGCACAUCGUCAGAUAUGUAUCCAAGAGCAACGUACAGAUUUAUUGGGGCAAACUGAAGGACAGAAUAAGAUUUUUGCCGACACGUCCGAUAUUUCGAGUGUAGAUUCGGACGAUGAGAACAAAGACUUUAGGAAUGCUGAGGCUAAAUUGGCUAAAAAUCCGCAGCUAACUAUAUUAAAACAAGCGCUAACUAAAGGAGAUAGUUUAAAAAGGAAUUAUGACGAUGAUGAUUCGACAUCUAAUAGCAAACCGAAAAAAAUAAUCAAGUCAGAAGAGGGCGAACCUCAGAAGAGAUGGUAUUGCGAAAUUUGCCCACAAAGUUUUACGUCGGUAGAUAGCUUAAAAGAGCACGAGAUUAGGCACGAUGCCGAAAAGCCAUUUGUCUGUUUACUAUGCCAGAAAGAUUUUGUCUUAAAGUCUUCAUUGGUUAGGCAUAUUACGUCACAUCAUAGUGUUGAUCCUACCCCUCUCGUCGACAAUGAUAAGUGCCUAAAGACAAUUAUUUCUCAAAAUUGGAAUAAUCAAGUGGACAUUAGCGUUUAUGAGCAAAACGAAAUAAAGGAACCACCAGAGCUCUCAUCGUCAUCCGAGAUAAAUUUAGAGAAUGAUGACAAAGAUUAUAAAAACAAUCACGAGAAUAUGGAAAUUGAAACGGUAUUUGUAUGUGAGACUUGUAAAAGAGAUUUUAAUGAUCGAGCGUCAUUAUGGUUGCACAUACGAGCGAUGCAUAAGGAAUAUGCUGCAUUUACCUGUGGCGUGUGUUUAAAAGUGUGCUUGGAUAAUACACAACUUCAAAAUCAUGUUUAUAUGUAUCAUAGAAGAUCUAAGCUUUUAAUAUCGGAGCAAAGAAGAUAUAGUUGUACGAUAUGCGGUAGACAGCAUGACUCGAGGAAAAAGCUAAUCUCUCAUGUCUCGAUACACAACAUCGAUCCUGCCUAUGAUCCUGCAAAUUUUGUACAAUUAAAUAGUAAUUACUAUAAUGAGAACUUGAAUGGUAACGAAGGAAACGAACAAGUAUUAGAAUUUGAUGGAGAAGAUGGUGAGAAAGUCGAUUGUUACAUUUGUUAUAAAUCUUUUCCUACUGAAGACCAUCUUAUACGACAUCAGAGAAAUGCUCACAAGUCUGACCAAAUAGUUUCAUUAGGAGAUGCUGCAGGAAGUGCUUUGAAUAUCAAUGGUAAUGGCAACAGGACACAACAUUUAUUUUUCAUUUGCGAAGUAUGUGGUGGAUCACAUUCAAGUAAGUGGGAACGCUGGUUGCAUAUCAACAACGUGCAUAACAACGAAACUUCUAUUAAAUGCGAUCGGGAGAAUUGUGGAAAGAUAUUUGCGACGAAAGCGUUGCGCAAUGAACACAAUCAGCAUCACAUGUUACAAGGUUCCUCACCAAAUACUUGCGAGGUAUGCGGAAAAUUGUGGCCUACCCGCGUCGAUUAUUGGAAACAUGUGAUGGGCGUACACGCGGAUACAGUGCCUCUGAUCUGCGGCGUUUGUCUCAAAGUAUUUUCCGAUGUUGUGCAGUUAAGCGCUCACGUAAAAGCGAAACAUUGGCCACUAACCGGUGGUGAUUUCUGUUGUGAUAUUUGCGGUAGACCAUAUUCCAAUAAAUCGAAGAUGUCUCGACAUAGAAAGAUCCAUGGCUUGGAGGCGGUGAUGGAUACUACGAUCGAUAAUAGCAGCUUCAAUGAAACAACUAAUGAGUCUGCUAAGCCUGAUCACACUAAUGGCGCUUCGGAGAUAGAGUUAAGUUGCGAACAGUGCCCUGAGCUUAGUUUCACGACUUUAGAUAGUUUGUGUAAUCAUCGACGGAUAACGCACGGUCUUUUCCCGUGUGAUUUGUGUAAUAAAUGUUACGGUAGAACGUCGCAUCUAUGGAAACACGUGAAUAGGGUACACAAAGGACACGCAGAUGUGACUUGUCCUUACUGCGCAAAGACAAGUGCGUCGAGAGAUCAUUUGGCUGCACAUAUUGCUAAAAUUCAUAGGUUUAUGCCAGUAAUAGGCAAAGACAAUCAGAAUUGCAUUGCUUCAAAAUCUCUAAAUAUGGAGGAUGGUGUCUUACAUUAUUGCGAGAAGUGUAACAAAGGAUUUCACAAGCGUUAUCUGCUCCGUCGUCACAUGAAAGGCUGUCAAAAUUAUCGCAAAGAUCCCGGUGCAUUAUUAACCCGUUGUCGGGCUUGUGAAAGAAUAUUCAAGGAUCGUGCAAGUUUACAAAAACAUAUUGAGAAUCAUCACAGCACGUACACUUGCCAUUUAUGUAAUGAAACGAUUACCUCCAAGCUAGGUAUCAUGACACAUAAUCGCGUUAAUCAUAUGGAUCACCCGGAUUUAACAUGCGAUCUUCCGAGUUGUAAGAAGCUCUUUCGUACCAAAGAAGAUUUGGAAUCUCAUCGAAAGGAUCACAAAUAUCACAGCAAUCCAAAUGUUUGUGAUUUUUGUGGUGACACUGUGGAAAAUAAAUUGAAACUGAAGAUGCACGUGUUAUCGUUACAUCGAAAUGAGAUUGGCGUGUCCUGCGGUGUCUGCCUUAUUCCUAUGAAGGAUCCUAAAGAUCUAAAAAAACACGUCGAGGCAGAGCACAGCAGUGUUCUUUCCAAUCCAAACACGUGUCAAGUAUGUGGAAAGCAAUAUGCAUCCAAAUGGAAGGCCUUUGAUCACACGAAGAAAUGUCAUGGAAAAGUUUUCCUCACAUGCAAACAAUGUCUAGCAGUUUUUACGGAUGAGAACAAUAUACGCGAUCACUAUGAACAUGUGCAUAACGUUCCGAAAGACCAAUUGUCCAUUUAUGAAUAUAGGAUGGACAUUGGUCCGAAGAGAGAAGGUUAUGAGACUCCCGAUAUCACUGUGAAGGAGGAACCGGAUGAUUUGGAAUUUGAUGAGGAAAUGUGCGAUGAGAGUUCAAAUGACUCUCGCAAACGUAGAAGAUCACCAAACGACACUUACGAUUGUGAGAUGUGUCCCGAAAUUUUCCUCAAUUCGGACACUCUCGCCAAGCAUUAUCAGAACGUCCACAACACUGACCCCAUCCGUAUGUUUAAGAAAUUCAAAAAGGAUAAGAGUGAUAGUAAACGCAAGAUUAGAAACAGAAACAACUUUGAAUGCAAGAAUUGCAAAAAGCAGUUCUCUACCAAGAGUUUGCUCUGGAAUCACUUCAACAUAUGUACGCGACAAAAUUCAAUAGGUAGAUUUGACAUGCCGAAUAACAUUCCGUCAAUUCUGGAGUCUCAUUUGAAGAAUAAUAAUCAAAUUCAACGAGAAGAACCGCUACCACUGACAAACGAAUCUAACUUAAAUAUUCCCGACUUCAAUCUAUUUGAGGACAUCAAUUUGCAAUUGUCGGCCCAGAAACCCGUGCCGAAUCUCAUGCCAUUGUCGCAGAUAAAGAUGUCGGGUAACGGCAAAUGUUCGAGGAAAGAUUCUCGCAAAGUGUAUGAUGAAUCGACCAAUACCGAGUGUACGUGCGAAGUCUGUGGUAAACAAUGGCCGGCCAAGAAACAUUUAUGGCAACAUCUGAUCCGUUUUCAUCGCGCUGAAGCUGCUGUUACAUGUGGUGUAUGCUUAAAGUUGUGUAAAUCUUAUCAAGAUCUUGCCGACCAUUUGAAGGCCGAACAUGCACCUGUAUUGUCACCGGAGGGCAAUAAUUUUACUUGUAAAACAUGCGGUAGAUAUCAUAAUGCGAGGAGCAAAUUACUGUUGCAUAUGAGUAUUCACAUCGGAAACUUCCGGUGUCAAAAAUGUCAGCAAGGUUUCGCGAGUGAGGAGAAACUCGCCGAGCAUGCGACGAGCUGUAGUGGAAAAUCGGAAUUUGAGGAUCACGCAACGGCAGAUGAAGAUAACGCGAAAAACGACAACGACGAGAAAGGUAGUUUAAUCGCUGAUGAGACAUCAGUUAUCGGCGAGGCAGAGGAACCAGAUUUUGAAUCGGAAGGCGAAAGGAGCAGGGACAUUCAUGAUGAAGAUAAUUCGGAAAAUAGCGAAGAAGAUAAUUCGGAAAACAGCGACGAUUCGGAUAGUGAUAGUAAUAGCAGUUCGAGUGAAGAUGAAAAUGAAAACGAGGAAGGAGGAGAAGAGGAAGAGGAAGAGGAAGAAGAGAACGAAAAUGAGAACGAAAAUGAGAACGACAAUGAGAAUGACAAUGACAAUGACAAUGACAAUGACAAUGACAAUGACAAUGACAAUGACAAUGAAAAUGAAUCUGAUACGAGAACUACUAGUAGAGCGAGCGGUGAUAGUGUUUCGUGUAAUUCUGAUAGUGACGACGAAUCGGAUAUGGAUGAAACGGAAACGAACGCGACGGAGAAGAAAAUAUUACGACUGAGCGACAUCAAUAGAUUCAGAAUACAUGAUGGUAUUCAAGAGAAUAUGCCUAUGGAGAAGAUUGCCGAGAAUCAGAAAACUAAUCUUAUUUCUGUUACCACGGCAACCGUUGUAGAACAAACUUCCCAACAUAAUUUGAAUAAUCUUUUGAUUCCCAGUGCCCCUACGAACAUUGAUAAAUUUGAGGCAUUGCAUCUCGAGGAAUCCACUAAAGCUGCGAUAAGCGAUGUAGAUUUGUCUGAUGAUAAUGAUGACGAUGGUGACAACGAGGAAGAUGAUGAAAAUAAUGAAAAUGAAGAAGAGGAUGAAGGUGAAGAUGAAAGUGAAGCGGAAAGUGAAAAUGAGGGUGAGGGUGAAGCUGCCGAAGAAGAGGAAGAAGAAGAGGAAGAGGAAGAAGCAGAUGAAGAAGAUGAAGGAGAUGAAGAUGAAGAUGAUGAUGACGCCAAUAAUGACGCCAAUAAUGACGUCAAUGAAGAUGACGAUGAUGGACCGCCUGUGUUAAGUCCAAUAAUGCCUUUGUUACCAGAAAAUGAAUCUGAGGAGCACAGCAGUACAACGGAUCGUACGAGGCACAAGCUUAGUCCGAUGGUUCCGCUAAAUAUAGCUAAAGGCCUGGAGGAAUGUGAGAUAACCGAAAUGAUACCAAAUGAUGCUGAGAAUGUAUCAAAUCCGACUAAUUUCUUCUCUGCUAACAACAAUGAUCUACCCGUAACGUGGGACGAAAACUUGGAUGAUAACGAACUUGACAAUGACGAUAGCAAUUCCAAUAUUGGAGAUAGGGAUGUGGAAAAAAAUGAAGAAUUCAAUAAAGAAUGCGACAAAAUGGAAAUGAACGAAGAUGAUGACUUCGAAGAGGAUUCUACAGAUGAAAACCUAGUAGACAAUGAUAGAGAGGGUAAUGGAGACGAUCACAUGCAUGAGAUGCAUAAUUUGGACGGGACUGUGUUAAUGGUGGCUAAUGACGCGGAAGGUAAUCAGAUUUUGAUAGAACAAAAUGUGUUAGACAUUGAUAACGAAGACUCUAAUGCCGAAGCGGCACAGUAUAUUUACCCAGAAAACACGUACGAAAUCGAAGAGGAAGAAGAGGAGGAUUACGUGACGCAAAAUGAAACCGACAUCAUGCAGACGGAUGAAAUGCAAAGUGGUAUGUCAUACGUUCAAGAUACGUCGGAAAAUGAGGAUAGUGCGGAGAGUGAUAUCGAGGAAAACAGUGAUGUGCAGAAGUAAUGGGACAUGAGUGCCAAAAUAGGAAGAUCUAGGAUAAUAAAGCUGUAAUAAAGUGUAAGAUAAUUAAUACGAUUUGGAAUUAAGAUCCUUAAGAAAGAAUCGACAUGUGUACCUUGAAAAACGAAACAAUAUUGUAUAGUAGAGUAAGCUUAUAGCUUAUAGCUUUGGAGGAUUUUUGAUAGAUGCAUAAAAGGGAGAGACAGAUUACGACUAUUCACAGAAAACGUUUUGUUUUCAGUGAUUUGCCAGGGGCUUUAUGUUUACGACAUACGUAAUAUUACAAGCUUCCGACUAAUCAUUUCAAAGGACGAUACAAUUUUGAUUUAUUAAAUAUUGUACUAUAUAACGUUAUUUAGAUUAUUGCGAAAACAAUUUACAAUAUCGUUUUUAGUUUAGAGAUCAACGACGAUCAGUUACGGAAUACCAUUUAUUUAUAUCUCCAUCUUUUUGACAAUAAUAUGUUCCGACUAUCUCACACUAUUUGUGUUUGAUGCCAUUCACUAUAGCAAAUUGUUUAUAAGUAAUAGAAUGCAAAUUUGUAAACUUAAUGAUAAUUUAAUCUUAAGUCAUCUAAAAAA